CCGGACAUGCGCAGUGCGGCUCUCUGCCUCCCUCCCUCUGCUGCUUUUUGUUUUUGUUCCGUUUUCCUCCCUGCAGGUUUAAUUAACGCUUCAACACCAAACUGAAACAUGUCAGCCAGGGUUGCUGUGGUAACUGGAGGUAACAAAGGCAUCGGGCUCGCCAUCGUCCGAGCGCUCUGCAAGCAGUACCAGGGAGACGUUUACCUCACGGCCAGAGAUGAGGGUCGAGGUCAGGAAGCGGUGCAGACUCUGGCCUCCGAGGGUCUGAAGCCCCUGUUCCAUCAGCUGGACAUCGAUGACCUGAGCAGCAUCGCCUCAUCAGCUGCUUUCUUCAAAGAGAAGUACGGAGGAGUGGACGUCCUCAUCAAUAACGCUGGGAUUGCUUUCAAAGUCGCAGACACGUCUCCUUUUGGUGUCCAGGCUGAGGUCACCCUCAAGACAAACUUCUUUGCCACCAGAGACAUGCUGACCCACUUCCUGCCACUCAUCAAAGCUGGAGGUCGUGUGGUGAACGUCUCGAGCUUCGUCAGUGUCCGAGCUUUGAACCAGUGCAGCCCUGAGCUCCAGCAGCGUUUCCGCAGCGAGGACAUCACUGAGGACGAGCUGGUGGGACUGAUGCAGAGAUUUGUGGAGGAGGCUAAGAGGGGCGAGCACAAGCAGGGUGGCUGGCCUGAUACAGCGUAUGGAGUGUCUAAACUGGGUCUGACGACUCUGUCCAUGAUUCUGGCUCGACGCCUGUCUAAGGAGAGACCAAAUGAUGGGAUUUUGCUGAACGCCUGCUGUCCAGGAUGGGUGCGCACCGACAUGGCCGGCCCUAAAGCCCCCAAGUCCCCAGACGAGGGCGCCAUCACUCCAGUCUACCUGGUUCUGCUGCCACCUGGAGCCACCGAGCCUCAUGGGAAGUUUGUCUCUGAGAAACAAGUGCAGACUUGGUGAAAAGUUGUUACUGUUUAAACAUUUUAUUGAUAACAUUUACCAAAAAAAUGGAUGUUUGUGUGAAUUAAUCUAUACUGAUUUAUUCAUGUUGCCUUCAGUGGUGAAAACACUUUUUAUUUUACACAAUUAAAAGUGUCAUGCUUCCAAAACUAUAUAAAGAUAACUUUUCUGAAAAAAAUAAUAAUGUUUUUCUACAAUAAAAGACUUUCUUUCCA